AUGCUGUCAAUUCCAUGCCUCGAUGCUUCAGCGACGCCGCUUGCAGACAUUGCCUCGCGGGUCAAGUAUGCCAUCACGCAUGGAAAGUUCCGACGGCCUACAACUUGUGAACAGGCCCAUGCACGGAUCAACAUCGGAGGAAUGAUUGGGAAAGACGGCGACUUCACACAAGUGUUCAAGUCGUCUCGAUGCAGGUCUUCUGCGUGGAGUCGGGCUCCUUACGUGGUCCAGCUUCGGAUGGACAAUGAGGGCGGCAUUUGGUGCGUGAAGGACUUCAAGUGCCACGAGUUCGUGGAUCCGACCACAUUCUGGACUGCGGCAGUUUGCAUUGGCAGAGAGAUUGCCGAGGGUGCUUAUACCAACCCAGUUGAGCCUCUGGCCUGA